CCCCUCCCUCCCCCUGUCUCCCCUGUUAUCUUCAGUGUGCGGACGCCGUGGUACCGCAGAGCACCUUCGGGGUGUUUGCAGGAGCGGCUGCAGCGGUUGUGAUCGCCUUUGUGUUUGAGGCAUGAAGCGGUGACAGAGGAGCAGAGGCCGGCUGCGAGCUGAUCUGAAGAGGAGGAGGUGCCUUAAGUUCCCCGAAGAUCUUUAAGCAAGGGCUACUGUUUUAAAAAGAACAAGCCCGGCCAAUGAAAACAUACUGUACAUUUAGAGACAAAGGGAGAACAUUGAGGAGGGGAGUUUUGACAUCCAGCAUCCUUUGUAACAGAGGGGGUGGAUACUGAUGUCAAUCUGCCUUGUAAUUGGCUGGAGCGAUGGCGGUCACCAAGGAGGAGAAGUUUGAAGAAGGCAGACGGGCAUCGGGGGCCGCAACCCCGCCGGAAGGUGGCUGGGGCUGGAUGAUCGUCGCUAGCUGUUUCCUCGCCACCAUCUGCAUCCGGGCAGUGACCAGAUGUGUUUCCAUGUUCUUUGUCGAGUUCCAGCUGCACUUCGAGAAGGAUUAUUCCUCCACCGCAUGGAUUCACAGUCUGAUCGACUCCACCACCAUGCUCUGUGCUCCUCUGGGUGGUUUCCUUGGGAACCAUCUCUCCUGCAGAGCUACAGUGAUCAUGGGGGGUCUGCUGUCUUCUACUGGUCUGGUCCUCAGCUCCUUCGCUUCCAGUCUUGAACAUCUAUACAUCUCCCUGGGCAUCGUGACAGGUCUUGGCUUUGCUCUCAGCUACACACCAGCAAUAGCGAUGGUUGGAAGGUACUUCAAUGAGAGAAAAGCUCUGGCCUAUGGCAUCGCCCUGUCUGGUACUGGCAUUGGGACCUUCAUCCUGGCUCCUGCAGUCCAACUGCUUAUAGAGUAUUACUCCUGGAGAGGAGCUUUGCUCGUCCUGGGAGGAUUUGUUUCCAACCUGUGUGUCUGUGGUGCUCUGAUGAGGCCACUGGAACCAAGAGGAUGUGAAAGGAUGUUGGAGAACAAUAUGGGAAACCUGGAGAAAGACGGCAUUGCAGUUAACACAAAAACUUUGUCAAGAUGUCAUAGUUUUUGUCUCGAGUCCAGGGAGGAGUUUGGAUUUCUCAUGUUACCCGACUUCUUGAUUCUGUCUGUGUCCCUCCUGUUUCUGGCAUAUGGCUGCAGUGCUCCAUUAGUUUACCUGGUUCCUUACAGCCUCAGCGUGGGAGUGGGGCACCAGCAGGCUGCCUUCCUCAUGUCUAUAUUUGGAGUUAGCGGCAUUGUGGGUAACAUCACCUUUGGAUGGAUCACGGACAGGAAGUGUCUGAAGAAGUAUCGCAUGCUGAGCUACAUGGUGGCAAUAGGCCUGGAGGGGCUCUGCUGUAUGUUCGUUCCCCUCCUUCACUCCUUCUCCCUCCUGGUCCCAUUUUCCGUAUUCUAUGGGUACUUUGACGGGGCGUAUGUUGCGCUAAUCCCAGUGGUGACCUCUGAUGUGGUUGGCUCCACCUACCUGACCUCCGCCCUGGGUGUGGUCUACUUCCUGCAUGCUAUCCCCUACCUGAUCAGCCCACCAAUAGGAGGUUGUUUAGUUGACAGUACAGGAAAUUACACAGCCACCUUCUUCCUCAGCGGGGCUUCCUUCAUGUUCAGCUCUGCGGUACUAGCAUCUGCCUUGUUAGUCAGACGCUGCCGGAGGUCCAAGUCUAACUCAACUGCACAUUUAAGUCCCAAUCACAUUACUGCUGCUGCAUCUCAGCAGGGCAUCAUAUGACAGUGCCACUCAAGAUGCUGCUCCUCCGUCUGCACAGAAGUGCACCUCACCACUGCUGGGAUUUGGGUUUACAAAGAAUAUAGUAAAGGUGCUAUUUUGAUGUGCAUCAUAUGCCGCCUAUCUGUUUUGAACUUAAGACUCAAGAGUUCAGGCUCAACAACAGCAGUGCCCAAGAGAACCUGUGCUGUUUUAUUUUUAAGGAAGCAAUGUUGUGACUUUGAGAUGCACAGAUUAUGUUAUAAUGACUUGUUAUUUUGGUUGUUUAAUAUGGAUAUUUUGUUUUCUAUAACCAAAAUGCUUUCUUACUUAAAGGGCCAGUGUGUAAUAUUUAGGAGAAUUUAUUGGCAGAAAUGCAAUUUAAUAUUCACAUUUAUGUUUUCAUUAAUGUAUGAUCAGCUGGGCCAUUUUUCACUAAGCCAUUAUGAAACUCAAAGGAUAAUUUAAGAAAUUGACUGAUAAAAAAAUCUAACUGGAA